GGCUUCUGUUAAUGUGAGGUUUGGUUGGAAAAAGAGGGAUUGCGACUUGUCACAAAGAAGAGAAGUAUAAAAUCAGACAUCCUCAGCUCAAUUCGACGACAACAAACAAGUGUGUGUGAGAGAGAGAGAGAGAGAGAGUCUUAUAUUGCACGAGCCCGGCGGUGCUCAUUGUCGCCUCUCGCCUCUUCAAGACCAGCUUCCAUGUUCCUUUUCUGACCACCUUAUUGUAUUACAGGCAGAAAGGAACAAGAGAGGAGGGAAUAUGGCUGUCACAGGUUCAGCAUCUAGACAGCCGCAAUUCAUUUCGAGCACUGGAAACCGAAGCUCUUCCGAUGCUCCUCUUAUCGAAAACUCAGACACUGAUCAAAUUGUCGUCCCUGAUAAAACAAGCUGGAAAAACUUAUUUGCAUAUAUGGGUCCUGGGUUUCUUGUUUCUAUUGCAUAUAUAGACCCAGGAAACUUUGAAACGGAUCUUCAGUCAGGGGCACAAUAUAAAUAUGAGUUACUUUGGAUCAUAUUGGUGGCCUCUUGUGCUGCUCUUAUAAUUCAAUCAAUGGCAGCCAAUUUAGGAGUUGUAACUGGAAAACAUUUAGCAGAGCAUUGUAGAACUGAGUAUCCUCGGUCAACAAACUUCAUCUUAUGGGUUAUUGCUGAAAUUGCCAUAGUGGCUUGUGACAUUCCUGAAGUGAUCGGAACAGCCUUUGCAUUGAACAUGCUCUUCAACAUACCUGUUUGGAUUGGUGUUCUUUUAACAGGGCUCAGUACAUUGAUCCUCUUAGCAUUACAGCAAUAUGGGGUGAGGAAACUUGAGUUCUUGAUUGCAUUUCUGGUGUUUACAAUUGCUGCGUGCUUUUUUGCUGAACUUGGAUAUGCGAAGCCUGAUGCUAAAGAAGUUCUGGAGGGUCUUUUUGUACCGAAACUCAAAGGGAGUGGUGCUACGGGUCUUGCAAUUUCACUCCUCGGGGCUAUGGUUAUGCCGCACAAUCUCUUCCUCCACUCGGCAUUGGUGCUCUCUAGAAAAAUACCACGAUCAGUUCAUGGAAUCAAAGAGGCUUGCAGAUUUUACAUGAUAGAAAGUGCCUUUGCUCUUUUGGUGGCUUUCCUCAUAAAUGUUUCUGUCAUCUCUGUGAGUGGCGCAGUUUGCAAUUCUUCGAAUUUGAAUGCAGAAGAUCAACAGAGCUGUCAGGAUUUGGACUUGAACAAAGCCUCCUUUCUGCUAAAAAAUGUACUGGGUAAAUGGAGUUCAAAACUGUUUGCAGUUGCUUUGCUUGCUUCGGGUCAAAGUUCUACGAUAACAGGAACAUAUGCAGGGCAAUAUGUCAUGCAGGGAUUUCUUGACUUACGGCUGAAACCAUGGAUUCGAAAUUUCUUAACUCGCUGUUUAGCCAUAGUCCCUAGUUUAAUUGUUGCGGUCAUUGGUGGCUCUGCUGGGGCAGGGAAGCUCAUAAUUAUUGCAUCAAUGAUCUUAUCAUUUGAGCUUCCUUUUGCUUUGAUUCCUCUCCUCAAGUUCACUAGCAGCAAAACCAAGAUGGGCACUCAUGCCAACUCAUUCACGAUAUCGGUUUUGACAUGGAUCAUCGGUUCGCUGAUAAUGGCAAUAAAUAUAUACUACUUACUGACCGGGUUCGUCAAGUUGCUUCUUCAUAGUGAGCUGGAGAUUGUGGGUAAGGUGUUUGUGGGGAUUUUAGGGUUUUCAGCCAUAGCAAUAUAUUUGGCUGGGAUUGCUUAUCUGGUGUUUCGCAAGAACAAGAAGGCAACUCACCUUCUGUCACUAACAACACCUGAAAGUAGGCAAAUGGAAAAUGAACAAGGCAAUGGAUCAAUGUAUUGCCUCCCAAGAGAAGAUAUAAUUAGCAUGCAAUUACCUCAGAGAAGUAGCUUAACUGAUCUCUGACUUUAGAAAUUCUCUGCAGACAUAGAUUUCUGAAGUAGGAUUUAGUUUGGGGAGUUCACUAGGGUAAGAUUAUAGUGCUUUUAGUUACUAGAAAGUAGAAACGUGGAUAAGCAAGGCUAUGUAUCACUUGACUUGGUUUGCUAAGCUUUUUGAUCUUCCUUUUUCAAGUAAUGCAUUCUCUCAUCCCUUGUUAUAGUCUCUUCUUUAAAGAAUUGUAUUUGUGA